AUGCCUGCUAAGAUGGCACUGGCCAGUUCACUUUCUGGCAAGCCAGUGCCACCACGCUCCAAAAAAGUUUCUACGGCAGGAGUGGAAGUGCACCAGAGCAAGCUGGAUUUUUUCUGCAAGCUGGGCUAUGGUAAGCAAGACAUCUGCAAAGUGCUGGAGAACCUGGGCCAAGAGGCCCUGGAGGAUGAUGUGCUGAAAGAGCUUAUUCGGAUGGGGAGCAAACCUCAAGCUCUGGAGAGCCAAGCUCAACCUUCCCCGCUAAAACUUGUUGCCCGUGGAUCAUGUAGCACUUCACCAGGGUCGAAGUGGCUUGGAGAAGAUGACAGUGAUUCUACCGGUCACUUAAGACCCAUUGUGAUUGAUGGCAGCAAUGUUGCAAUGAGUCACGGAAACAAAGAGGUAUUCUCCUGCUGGGGAAUCCAGCUGGCAGUGGACUGGUUUCGAGAAAGGGGGCACACGUACAUCAAAGUUUUUGUCCCACUCUGGAGAAAGGAGCCCCCUCGACAGGACAGUCCAAUUGCAGACCAGCACAUUCUUGAAGAGCUUGAAAAGCAAUCAAUUCUUGUGUACACCCCAUCCCGAAAGGUGAAAGGCAAGAGGGUAGUUUGCUACGACGAUCGCUAUAUAGUGAAAGUUGCUUAUGAGAAAGACGGAGUCAUUGUUUCCAAUGACCAUUACCGGGACCUCCAGAAUGAAAACCCCGAGUGGAAAUGGUUUAUUGAGCAACGACUACUCAUGUAUUCUUUUGUCAGUAACAGGUUUAUGCCUCCUGAUGAUCCAUUAGGCCGGCAUGGACCCACUCUUAAUAACUUCCUCAGCAAAAAGCCAGUGCUUCCUGAACCAAAAUGGCAGCCGUGUCCCUAUGGUAAAAAAUGCACCUACGGCAAUAAAUGCAAAUUUUACCACCCGGAGAGACCACAUCAAGCUCAGCUCUCAGUUGCUGAUGAGCUCAGGGCCAAAAUAAAGGUUCCAUUAAGCCUGGGGAAAGAGAAGAAGUGCAACCGCUCGCCGUACAGGACCGGAGGAGAGCCUGCACUGCCUGACGCGGGCACAGAAACGCUGCGAGAAGCCAGCGGCUGGCCGCUCCUGGAGAAGAUGUCAGCGUUAUCCAUCGGUGAUGACACCUACAGCUACAAUCGGUCCAUACAUACCUCUCAGGACAGAGACGUGACGGACAGCCCUCAUUGCUGCAGUGACCUCAGGCACAACCCAUACUUGCUUCACCACCCCCACAGCCUGGACUGCACCUGCCUGCCGGGGUGCCCUUUCCAGCAAGCAGUGCUCCCUCCUGCGCGGGGCAGGAGGCUCCCAGACCACAGCUGGCCUCGGGAGUGCUGCGGCACGCACAGGAUGGGUCAGAGGAGCCGCUAUGUCCCUGAUGGUGCUCAGCACAAACAGACCCUGGAGACUCAGCACCACGUUUUGCCGCAGUCCGCAGCUCUUCCCCAUGACGCGCUUCACUUGUACAGGGAGCAUCAGCUGCAGCAGCAGCACUGUUUCCCCAGCUGGCCCCCACGGCAGCCCUUUCUGCCGGACUCCAGCAAUGGGCUGGGCUUCUUCCAGAAAGCCCAUACUUACUCCGAUGCCUCUUACAGUGACUACUGCCCCCCCCCAGCUGCAAGGCUACCCUCUGCCCAGCAAGCAAAACACAGGGAGCUGUGGUCCCUUUUCCCUUACGGCGAGGUGAACCGCAUCAUGGCUUUGUACCCCAGUAUCAAGGAUAUUGCUAGCUUGACUUUACUGAUUCAAAGACACAGAAGCCUCCAGAUCAAGCCUUUCCCAACAAGCACAAGCCCUGGGGCAAAAAGAUGCUACUCUGGGGCUUAA